CUGACAUAUGCUGUCAUCUCUGAUUACUUUGAGACUUUUCCUCUCCUCUCUUGUUAGUUUUUAGCAAUGGUCGCAAAAGGAGUGGAUUGGUUUUAGUUUCAAUUUUUAAUUUGCAGCCCGUUAAGAUGAACCGGGGUGGUCGCGUGGAGGUGACGCCGCCGGAGUGCGCGCUGGCGGCCGAGAUGUUCGACCACUUCUGCGCAGCCGGCACCAUGAAGCAGAUCCUGGCACUGCAUCGGGAGAUCUGCAACACGCUCACUCUGAAACCUAAUAGACUCCCGGACUUCUAUCCGAAGCUGAAGGCGAAACUGGCAAGCUCGUGGAAAGCUCAAGCGCUGUUCAAGAAAUUCGACGCGCGUGCCAAUCACAAGGUGUAUCUGAAGGGGCGGGCGUGCUCCUCCACCAGGGCCCUCAUCAUAGGUGCCGGCCCCUGCGGUCUGAGGGCCGCUAUAGAGUGUCAGCUGUUGGGCGCCAAAGUGGUGGUAAUCGAAAAACGAGAUCGUAUGUCGCGCAACAACGUACUACAUUUAUGGCCGUUCGUUAUCCAAGACCUCCGUGCUCUCGGCGCGAAGAAGUUCUUCGGCAAGUUCUGCGCAGGCUCCAUAGACCAUAUCAGCAUCAGGCAACUGCAAUGCAUCUUGCUAAAGGUGGCGCUACUGUUAGGAGUGGAGUUUCACGAAGGCGUCAGUUUCGAAGAACUACUGGAGCCUACGGACACGGAGAAUUCUGAAACACUAGGUUGGCGAGCGCGUGUCUCACCACCGGACCACCCGGUCGGCCUUUACGAGUUCGAUUCCCUGCUCGGCGCUGACGGCAAGCGGAACACGCUGCAGGGGUUCAAGCGUAAAGAGUUUCGCGGGAAAUUGGCAAUGGCGAUAACGGCCAAUUUUAUCAAUAGACAUUCUGAACAGGAGGCCUCGGUGCCAGAGAUAAGCGGCGUGGCAUUCAUUUUCAAUCAAAAGUUUUUCAAAGAGUUGUACGAAGUGACGGGUAUAGAUCUCGAAAACAUAGUUUAUUACAAGGACGACACACAUUACUUCGUCAUGACCGCUAAGAAACACAGCCUUUUGGAUAAGGGUGUGUUGCUUAACGACUACUCCGAAGUGUCGCGUCUACUAAGCGUGGAGAACGUUGACCGCGCCGCGUUGAUGCGUUACGCUCAGGAAGCGGCUAGAUUCUCCACCGACGGCCGGCUUCCAUUGAGAGACUUCGCACUGAACCAUUACGGGGAGCCGGAUGUAGCGUUGUUCGAUUUCACUUCGAUGUACGCCGCCGAGAAUGCUAGUAUUGUAUACGAACGUCACGGUCGCCGCCUCCUCUGCCAAUUGGUGGGGGACAGUCUACUGGAGCCCUUCUGGCCCACGGGGUCCGGGUGCGCCCGGGGGUUCCUCUCGGCCCUGGACGCGGCCUGGGCCGUCAGGACUUGGGGCCAGAGCCCUACACCUCAUCCGUUGGAAGUCAUUGCUGAGAGGGAAUCGAUUUAUAGGCUGUUGGCUCAAACGACCCCCGAGAACCUUCAUCGAGAUUUCGGCGCGUACACCCUUGACCCCGGGACCCGGUAUCCGAACCUGAACCGGACGGCCGUGACCCCGCACAGGGUCACAGGGUUCUACGACUCUGAUGACCCCCUCCCGUUGGAUGCUAAGCCUUCAGCCAGGAAGAGAAGGAGAGAAUCGGAUGUAUCCGAAGAGGCUCUCAUCAACUGGGUGGGAUGGUCGGAAGGUGGUCUUCGGGCUGCCGCCAGUGGUCCAGCUCUGUCAGCGGCCGUGAGACGAUACAGACCGGACUUGCUGCCGUGUGGUGCCUCGCCCAGGGCUGUAUAUCACAGUCUUCAUGAGCUCGGCAUUGCGCCCCUCCCUUCAGGGGGUACGCUGCGCGAUGUUCCCGACGCCAAAAUCAGGACGUACUUGUCACGAGUGUACAACUUCUUCAAGGGAGAAGUGCCCCACGUACAACACGACUCCAAUGUCUUCGAUCAAAUCAAACAGUCUCUUCAAAAGGAGAAACAUAUGCGAAAUUCGACCGAGCACUCCGUUUCUGUGUACUCGAACGCGGCGGACGCCGACAAAUCGCACUCGAGCUACCGUAAGAAGCGGCGUUCCGUCCGACAAGUAAGUACCGAUCCCGCCGACUACAUCCGACGAAAAAUCGGCCGACUCCAGCUGGACGACAUCACCAAACUGGCGCGACUGAUCGACGGACACGACGACCUGUCGUCCGACACGCACGCGGACAAACAGACAGACUUACAGGAGCAAAUUUUGGCGCUUUUAGAUCCUGACGAAUCACCCGAUCCUAAGGUAUUGAGGGAAUCGUUAGCGCAACUCUUACAAGGUACAACGAAAACUACGGUGGCUAAUACGAAAAUAUCUAAUUACUUUCAUGGUAAUGGUAACCAGGAUAAACCGGUGAAACCUCCGCGGAAAUUGAAAGGGCUAGAUCUUUCCACUAUGAAGAUACCUGAUUUCUCAGACAUUCUGCAGGACGACUCGGCCGAUACCGAUGUCACUUUGGUGACAGAGACUAAAGCGCAAAAGAAAGAGUUAAAAUCGGCCAGUUCUAGUCCAAAAAAGAAGGAAUUUAUUAGGUCGUCUUCCACGGAAGGCCCCUUUCCGCAGAAAGGGCGACGCCUUUCCGAUGUCAUGGACUGCCAAAAAAGGAGACAUUCGCAAAGUCCCGACGUACGCGCCCCGUUCGCGCGAUCAAAUUCGGUCGGGUCACCGGAGAUAGCUCAAAACACGAAGCGAAUCGCGCAAAUAUUUGAAAAUCACAAGCGUAGACACACACCGAGUCCUGAAUCACGAACGGUCAGGUCCGGUUCGGUCGGCACUCCGGAGAUGGCUUUACGAAUGCAACGCAUGGCGGAAAUCAUUGAGGGUAAACGUCGCAACACGCCCAGCCCGGAGAGAUCCAAGAGAUCGGAGUCGAUCGGAAAUCCAGAGAUGGCGCUGCGGAGGCAGAGGGUCGUAGAUCUGAUUAAGGGACAGAAACCGAAAGAAUUGGUGCAACCCCAGAGAAGAAACUCUGGUGAUACUAAUAUGGCGUUUCGCAUGCAACGGGUCUCGGAUAUGAUUCAGAAGAAAAAUGCGGAAGUGAAGCGGGCUAAGGGGGGCGGCAGAAGGCGGGCCGCCAGAGAGAUCAUGCGGCAACGCUUCGAGAAGAGUUUGCAGAUGUUGGCGACAGAAGCUAGAGUUGACUUACCAUCGGCAGACUUGGAGAACGACUACGGCUUACAGCAGUACCGGGCGAGCGCCCCACACUUUGGCGAGCGCGUGCGCAACCUCGAGAAACAACUGCAACACUACGAGGAGGGGCGUAUCGUGGGCGGUGGGGGGAGAACGGCGGGGGGCGGGGCGCGCGUCGCGAAACUAGCGGCCGAACUGUCCGGCUCUUCAGCCACUAGUGCCGCGCCAAAGUCUUCGAAACCUAAGGACCUGAUGCGAUCCGUCGGUAAGAUUGAGCGUGACGACUGGAACGUGAAGGAGAUUGAGAGGAAGAUACUGGAGAAUAGACUCGGCAGGCCUGAGCCCAGGGCCGCCGAGAAGGUGCCCAAGUGGGAUAGGGAGCAGUUUCUCGGCCGCCAAAGAAGACUGAAGGAAGGUGACGCCGGCGAAGAGAAAUGGUGCGAGAUUGACGAGACUCUCAGCAAGUUGGAUCAGAAACUGCGCGACUCUGGCCGCCCUGACCACGGCACUAACAAGGUUGCCAAUUUAGCCACGAAGUUUGUGAAGAAGGAGGAGCCUGAUAAUGUUGCCAAAUCCGUGCCAAAGGAAGAGCUCAAGAAAUCAUGGCGCGGCCCGUCAUUUGCUGGGAUGCAGUGUGCUGCUUGCGGUACUAGAGUGUUCGCGGCCGAAGGUGUGACUGCGGACGGGCUGCAUUUACACCGAGCAUGCUUCAGAUGCGCCGUUUGUAAGACUGUCUUGAGGCCUGGUAACUAUACAAUGGAACGAUACGGCAGCCGCUUAGUCUGCUUACGUCACUCCGGGGUCAAUGUCCCCGACGCGAUAACCCCGGGGUCAUUGGCCCCGCCCCCACCCCGCAGCGAAGCCCCCACCCCCACACCUGAGAGGAUCAGCUUGGAGUUGUCCGAUAGCGGGGCGAGAGAAAUCGAUGAAGACGAAUGGACUGAUAGGAACUUCUUGGCUUCGGAGACGUCUUGCGCUGGUGGACUAAGCGACGAAGAAGAAUCCAGUUCGGACGAGUACACGGACGCUGACGACAGCGGUGACGACGCGCAACAGUCGCCGCUGCCCGCGCUGACGUCGCAACCGCGACACGACGUAUACUUCUCUGACGACUCAUUUGGUUACGACGACUAUUCCGACACGGGCGCAGAAUCAUCAGGCAACGAGUCGUGUUCGCGCAUGCGCGAAGCCCGCGAGGCCCGGCGUCGUGAGGUUCCCCCCAGGCCCGACGCUAGGCCCCCCACUGACAGCAGCGAGGUGGAGUCGGAGGAGGAAAGCUCGUCGAGUUCCGUGUCUUCCGCCACCGAAGUGUCCACCGACAGCGAGUUCGCGGAGGAGCCCCCCGCGCCCUCGCCCCCCGCCAUCCUCGUCACGGAACCACCCCCCCCAAUAGAGUACCCCCUCAGCAGAACAAGAUCCGCGGGAGGAAUCGCCACGAAACGAGCCCUAGAACUCAAAAAACGAUACCUCCUCGGCGAACCUUCCCCGCCAGCAGUGAGAAAGUCCGAAUCGACGUCACAAAUCGACACCAAACUGGAAGCUUUCCGCUCCAAUAUAACAGAGUUUCAGAAAAUGUUACACCCCGCCCCCUCCCCCACUAUACACGUGCAAAGACCGAUCGUAACUUUCCAACUCGUCGAAGAAAAGAAAACGCAACCUAUGCCCGAUAUCAUCAAGAAUUUAUGCGACGCACCGGUCGAUUUGCUCACAAAAGGAGAUUUACCAUUUUGCGAGAAAAACUGGAAAGAUGAAUCUGUAGAGGAGAAGAACGUAGAACCGGACUUAGAUUCGGAUUCUUUGUCGGAAGACGACUCGUCACACACUGAGACGGCGCCGAACCAAUCCGUGCCGAGAGUGGAAGUACACGACGAAGGUGGUGAAUUGAUUCAGCUCGAUAGUCUGACGUUGAUCAAUAGUUCGGAAGACAAUGACGAGAAAGCGUCGGGAACUGUGACGACGACUCUGCCCACUGUGAUCGCGGCGGAAUCGGAAUCGUCGGAGUCUGGACGCGAUGCGACCACUUUAGCCAUGACGGAGACUGAACUAUCAGACUGGGCGGCUGAAAGUGGGGUAUUAGAAGACUGCGGACUCGAAGACAGGGAGGAGAGACGACGCGCCGCUCCUAGGACACUGAGUGGGCCGAAAAGUGUUCACGAUGCGAAAAACAUAUCCGCUAUAACGUCCCACGUCUGCGGACGAUCAAGUCCCGACCCUGUGGUCUUCUCGAACGCCUUCGAAAACUUCGAGUUCGCAGAUGAAGGUGAACAGGAUCCGUCUUUAGAAACCCCCGCAACCCCUCGAAACGAAGGCUACAUGGAAUUUGUAGACGACGAUUAUGACGCGUACUCUCCCAGCAACGAUCGGUCCAUGAACUUUAUAGAAAGCAGCUUCUCAGAAACUGUCCUGAAACCCAUCAGCCAAGAAGCUAGUAGCCAUGAAAUCGUCGAUACUACCCCCACCAUUGACCCGACCAGCCCAGGAAGUAACACAGAUAAUCAAGAAUUUCCGAUUAAUGAAUACGAAAUACCCGAAGAUCUGAAGUCACCUCAAUUGCUAAAAUCGAUCGAAAAUGUAUCUAGUGAAACAGGAUCCAGUGAAAAAGAAUCAAGUGAAAAAUUAUCAAGUAAAAAAGAUUCAAGCGAGAAAGACUCUAGUGAAAGAGCAACAAAUGACAAAAGAUCAAGUGAAAAAGAUUCUAGUGAAGUAGGAUUCAGUGAAAAAGGAUCAAGUGAAAAAUCGAGUAGCGAAAGCGCAAAAGCAGGUGACGAUCGAAAGACGAGUGAAGAAAGUAAAGAAUUACCCGCCGUUGAAAGUAAAAUCGAAUCGCUCAGUCUAUCAGACUUAUCACCACCUUUAGAGAAAGAUAGUUCGGAUAUGGAACGGAAAUCGGUUAUGAAGAGUGAGACUUCGAUGUCACUAUUUGACGAGUCCCUCCUCAACCCUCGGGUAGCUCAUUCGCCGAAAAAUGUCAUCCCAUACAUGACCAAUUCGCCGAUAACCUACACCGGGCCCGCGUCGAUGCGUCUUUACUCGCCCGCCAUCUGUCGCUCGGCCAGCGAGAACUUCACUAGAUCCAAUUCUAGAAGUACAGACUCGCCAUCGCGGAGUAUAGAACUGUCGAUAUCGAUAAACUUGAGCUCCGGCUCGAUAUCGCCAGUCAGUCCCACGCCGCUGCGCGAGACUACAGACAAAGUUCAAGAGAUUAAGAGGGAAAGAGAGGAACAGACUGAGGUCGUUCGAAAGCUCGUCUUAGAGCGGCUGGGAAGCGGUCCGCGGGCGGCGAGGAAGUCUUCACGACGAACACGCAUCGCCCCGGCGAACAUUCCCCCUCCCGUCCCUCCCCCGCCCGUUAUGCCGAGCCCCCCUCCUCCCCCUCCCCCGCCAGUUAUCCCCUCCCCUCCGCCAAGGCCUGCGCCCCCUUUGAUGCCUCUACCUGUCACUCCUUCCUUCUCAGACCCUGAGCUGGCGAGAGAAAGAAGAAGCAAAGGCAUCAUGAAGAGCAUAUCAAGUUACCUCAAUAGGCGGCUCGGACCACGACACAAGUGGCGUUCGGAGCCGAUCCUGGCGGCGCACGACCCCGGUCACCAGUCGCGGACGCCCGCCUCGCACAAGUCCACUGGAGCCCUACAGGAGGCGCCGCCCGUGCCCCCGCCCCCAGCCGGCUACUGCCCGCCCGAGCCCCGGGUUCUGCCCUCAAGACUGCCGGGUCCGUCGCAAGCGAGCGUAGCUGUUGACGUGGACGAGCGUGACGCGAUGCAGCUGUGGUUCGAGGCUCGGUGGGCGCGGCUUGUCGCUCAGAGGAGAUUGCGGGAAGAGCGAGCGGAGCGGGACGAGCUGAGCGCCAGGCGAGUGGCCAGACUUGAGCGCAGGCUCACCAGGCCUCUGUCUGCCGAGCAGCAGGCGGCGACGGUGGCCGAGCUGGUGCAGGUGUCAGCGCAGAGGGCGGCCCACAAUGCUCUGCUUGAUGACAGACGACGCACCGCGGCCGGCGGCGGGUUGGGAGGGUAACCCAUCUUGAACCAGACCUUCAUCCUGUUGCUUAACCUUAUAAUAUGAGCUUUAUUCGUGCUGAUAACUGCGUAACCAAUAUAACAAGGGAUGGGCAUCUCUUUUUGUUACAUUGAACAUUGUAACCUGUUUACUUAAAAUCAAGAUCUUCGGAAUCGAGCAAUGUAUGAAAAACAUAGUCAUGGAAAUAAAUGAUAUUUUGUUAAAAUUUUUGUACCUGGUGUAGGUUCUUGCGAAACAAAUUUUACUCUUUUUGCAUGCAGAUAUACAUUUAUAUGUAGUUCAAGAUAUUUUUAAUCUGUGCUCAUCUGACAGGUAUUCGGAUGGCACCGUCGCGCAAAUGUUUGUAAUGGCUUCUAGAUCUUUCCGAGACUAAAAGUAUUAAGGUAUUAACAUUUAUAAUAACUCUUGAUUCGAUCUAGUAUUUAGUUACGUACUAGUUUUAUUUAUAUGACUUUUUGUGUUCUUCCGACGGAUUUGAGUUGUGCCUCUUGGGGCACAGUAGACAGUUAUAGCUAUAUAUGUUUUAUUUAAUUAAGUAGCACUUUAUUGUAGUCGUUAAUUUUAUUCUCAGGUCUGAAUAGAGACACGGGUCGAUUUGAAGAAGAUACGAUAUUUGUACACAUUGGGCCAACGCAUUGGGCCCAAUAUGUAGAGGACUAUUUUGGGAAACGUUUGGGACGCAUCGUAGUUGGUCGUUGGCCCUGUACACAUUGGGCCAACGUAUUGGACCAAGGCGUCUGCGUUGGCGGUGUGACAUUUGCAUACUGCUCAAUAAAUAAUCGUUUUUUUUUUUAAGUUUCUACGUUUUGCAUGUUAUAUAUUGAAACGUACGUUGUAAUAAUGUACAUGAUAAUAAUGUUGGUUACCAAGUUUUAGUUUUACUGGGGAUUUUUUUUGUAUAUUUUUAUGCACGAGAUUAUAAGAAGAAAUUAGGUAUAAGAAAAAAACCGGCAGAGAAUGCCUUGUGGCAUCAAGUCCACCUGUUAUACAUUUUACGUGCAGAAAAUUUUAAAUAAAUAAAUAUUUUAAUAUCUACCAAAAAUGGGCUGAAAUCGAUAUCGUGUCUCUAUUCAUUACUAAUAAAUAGUUCACCACGUGUAAUCAAGCUUUAUUUUAUACUUAGUUAAUUCGGCUGAUAGGUCACAAAAUCGCAAACCUGCCUAAAUCAGGGCGGCCUUUGCAAACUUCGGCAAAACGACCCAUUAUUGGGCAAACGGUGUGCUAGAUAUGCCAAAAGUUACAUAUUUUUAUUGUAUAGUUGUAUUUACUGCUAAAUGUAUAGAGAUUUUAAGGUUAUGCGGUGUGCCUACGCAUUAUUAUUCAUUUUGAUGGCGUGGCGCCAAAGUAAUUUUAUGUAGACAUCGUUGGAUUGAAGAUUAAGUGUUUUGUUUAAUCUUGACUACACUGCGUAGUCUGAAGUUAAGCUGCUUACGGUCGGAUAUCGCGUUUGGUACAUUUUUUUUCUAUUACGCGUGUAUAUUAUUGAAAUUGAUUUUGUUAGAUUCGGGUGCUACUUGUGAAAAGUUUAUGGCCAGUUUCAUACUGAAAAAUAUCAAAGCAAUAAUUGUCUCUUUUUGUAAGUGAUCUCAGAUAUUCAUCAAUCAUGUGCCUAAAGUUUUUUUUUAGAUGCGUAUGGUAAUAUUCUUCACUCAGAGCCUAUAUGUGAAACAAACUCAAUGUAAUGUACUAUAUGCUUUACCAAAACCAUAUUUGCCCAAAAGCGGUCAGUACUUUGGCCUUAUCUAUGAUAGAUUAGGCCAAGAUUAUGAUAAGAUCACAAUCAAAAAACUUCCCUCGAUCCACUUUGUCAGACGUCGCCACCAGCUGAGGCAAUUCGCUGUAUAUUCGGUAGUGUAAUAGUGUAAAUUUCUAUAUAUUUUUGUAUGCGGGUAGUUAGAGGAUCGUGUUGGCUGCAAUCACUCAUCACAAGGACUCGGCACUUUCAAUUUAUCAUCAUAUCUAAUGAUUGCAGUUGACACGACCGUUGGUCUUAUUGAACGGAUAGAAGCAUAGAAUUCGGAAUAAUAUAAGACCAUAGAAGUGGCAAGUAGAGUGACAUCAUAUCCUUUUUAUUUUGCAUCUCAAUUCUGUGAUGUUUUUAACAGUUUUGCUUCUGCGCAGACAACUGUUUGCAAGAGAUGCAAGGCGUUGAUACUCAAAGUUUAAGGUACAAUAUAGCAUUUCUGCAAAGCACGUGGAAUUGAUAUUCAAAUAGUGACAGGUUAAAAGCCUGUCGCCUACAAGCUAAAAGUGGAUUUUCUGUCUUUUCUAGAUUGUUUGCUCUGUCUACUAUAUGUUUAGAAGUAUAGCCACUUCUAUUGUCUUAUAUUAUUCCAAUUUCUAUGCGUUGAAAGGGUUGCUAUUAUUACUUUAACAUUUAUUUCUGUAAAACAAGGAAUUCCGCUACAGAAUUUUUAUAUAAUCAACUUUAUGUAUACAAAGGUGUUUUUCUAAUUAAACUGUCACUUUGCAUUAAACACAUUGCGAUAUGUAUAAGGUUUAACGAAUACAGUCUACAAAACAUAGAAACUGUUAAAAACUUUGUAAAAUCAUUGAUCAUUCCGACAUCUAUAAUUCGCAUCCCGAAAUGAAAUUCUGCGAGCAUAUUUCUAAAUGAGAACUGUAAAUGUUAGUUUUGAUAGCAACCAAGUGUGCAUAAUUAUAGUUGGAGAAUACUUUGCAAUUAAGGUAUAUCUAUAUAAUAUUUAGAUUAUUUUUAAACAUUAUGUUAAACCAAUUUAGGUUUUAUGUUUCACUCGACAUACGUCCUUACUGUACAAACGUUUUAUUUUGUAAUAUAUUUGUAAUCCGUGCGGGCGGAUUAAGGUUAACGUUUUUUGACAGUUGAAAUUGAUUUUUGGAUGCGUUCGGAUUAUCAUACUAAAAAUUUAAGGUGUAAUUGAGUGAUAUUUUUUUAUUAAAUUUCGUAUUUUACAAUAAUACUUAAUAGGUAUGACCUUUAAAGCAUUGAGUUGGUAAGUAUAAAUACGCAUUGUCAGUAUUAAGUUGCAUAACACAAAAAAAACACUGAAAAUGAUUAGAUAUUCUUUAGUAUUAUGAUCCGAAUGUUUAUAUAUGUUAUUUUUUUUUGGUAAGACAUUGUUUAUGGUAUAUUAAAAUAUACGUUCUCCCCUCUAUAUCUCAGUUUGUCUAGUUAAUUGUAUCAGUUUAUAAAUUAGUAUUAUUUGACACCUUGGCUACAACACUCAUUUUUAUUAAAAAAAUAUAUUUUUAGGUUAUUUUUUUUUAAGUAUUAUUAAUCAAACUUUAAUAUUCUGAAAAUUAUAUUAAAUAUUCAAAUCGGUAAUAACAAUUUUUAUUAUUACUGUAUAUAUUAUGACCCCUAAAAGCUUAUAUCACGUGCCUAAGAGAUUUGUCCAUUUUAAAGUACAUGACGGUGUAUUAUUUGAUAUAUGAGUAACUGAGUCAUUUGAAUAUUGAGUUACAUAAUAAAAUUGUAUGCGCGUGCGUUUUUAUGUAUGUAAAACAAUAGAGGAUAUUUUUGUAUGAUAAUGAAAUAGAUUUACGUAUGUAAGUUACUUUUUCAUAUCAACCGAACAAUUCGAAGCAAUAACUGUAUGUUUUAUUUGUUUGUAAGUUAUUUUUUUUAUCGCUGUGGCGUUAACUAGUGGCCUGUGUUUCGAAAUAAAUAAACAACAUUUAUUUGAAAAAGGUAUAUUUAUUUUCCUCCGUAAUAAAUGGCCUUCAAGGUAAAGUUGUAGCAUAUAGUAUUCUUUGCCAGCCGAUGCUGUAGCAGUGACGGAAGGUAUCGUGAGGAAACCUGCACAUUCAAGUAAUUGUACGUGGGACCUACGUGUACAAAAUGACCCUCAGUAGAUCUGUGAGACAAUUUAAACUCUCACAAUCGCUUAAAUGACCACAGAUUUAACAUUGUGUGCUACAUUUUGUUAAUAAUAAUACUAAUGUUUCUUUGACAUUUUCUUAAUAUUGUGUGUUUUGUGGGUUACAAGCUAACGUAUGUCAUUAUUGUCUGUGUAUCACAUAGGACACUAGUAAACGCAUGCGCAGCAUCACAGCCACAGACAUAGAUCCAGCUUUCUUUAUUUGUUCAAAAUGUUUAACCAACUUUUAGACUUUCUUUUUAAAAGUGUUUCAUUAGAAGUUCUUCAGUAGUUGUCAUAAACCACAGAAAGAAAAUUAUUUAAAAAAAUUAUGAUAAAAAUAUGAUGAAUAAAACGACCAGUAUAUGAAAAAAAAAAACAAAUAAGUCUGUCGACCCAAACUGCGGUCUUUACAGUAAGUAAAAAGAAAUGGUACACUUUUCAUACAUACGGGUGAACUUGCAGUGUCUAGCUGGUUCUAUGUCUGUGGUCAUCACACAUUCGCGUACAAUACUUGAUAGCAAUGCCUUACAACUUAUGUAGGAAGGUGAAAUACUUUAUAUCAUACAAAAGUUUUUUUUUUUUAAUAUAAAUAUCAUAAGUGGUAAUAUAAAAUUAUGCAAUGCGAAUUGUAUUUAAGAACAGAAAAUAGCAAUUAAAAGUAAAUUUUUGAACUUAUAAGCAAUAAUUAAAAACAUGGUUUUCGUAAUAAAUAUCAAUAAUCUAAAUAAGGUAUUAUAUAAAAAGAUUAAAAAGGUAUAUUAUACACAAACAACUCCACGUACAGAAAAUACAGUAUAAACAUCUAUAAAAAUAACUUUUUUUUAAUUUUUAAUCAUCAGCUGUAUAUUGCAUAUUUUUAUUUUAAACUAUGUCUAAGUUCAUUUUAAGCUGUAAAAGGUCAUCAUUGUGGGCUUACUAAUUAGCUUGUUUCUUGAAAACUUAGUUAAGUUAGUGAUAGUAUAUUUUUUUACGUGCAUCAAAUCAGCCGUACAUUUUUUAUGAGGAUUUACAGUGGGCCACAUUGAACGAUUCUACUAUACUAGACUAAUACAGUUUUCUAUGUGGCCCACUGUACCUGUGAUUGGUUAGGCUACGUUUACACUGCAAUCAGAAAUUAACUUUUAAGUGACAAUGUAUUUAAUUCUUGUAUCUUUGCCCUUCGACUUGGUUUUAUAUUAAUUAACCUAUUUUUUUCACUGCAACGGAACUUUAUUAAUUCUUCUUUCUUAAAUAUAUAUAUAUAAAUAUUAAUGUGACUGAUUGACUGACUUGUCCACGCAUAGCCCAAAUAGCUGAAUGCUAGAUAUUUGUACAUGGAACCUCAAUGCUAAAAUAUAAUGGAUCUUGGAUACAAUACAGUAAGAGAAGAUUUCCCGAAAGUCUAACGGAAAGAAAAUAAAACUCCAGUUUUCGUUUCGGCCUUAACUAUUAUAUUUAUAUUUAUUUCAUGACGCGAAUGAAUUGCUGAAAUUGUCAUUUAUAUAUUAUGUAUAUAUUUUUAUAUUCAGCCAUACAGCUGAGCGUGGCCUUUCAGUGUUUUCGAGGCUAUUGGCUCUGUGUACCCCGCAGUGGAUAUAGACGUGGCUAUAUGUAUUUAUGUAAUUAGAUCUAGAUUUUAUGUGUUUUUCCCUUAGUAGCACUUCCUUUUAAUCAUACUAUCUCGAAACACCCAAAAAUUCAAGAUGUAAAGCUGUCUGACGGCAAGGGAAUUUCUUUUUCUAUACUAAUAUUAUAAAGCUGAAGAGUUUGUUUGUUUGUUUGAACGCGUUAAUCUCAGGAACUACUGGUUCGAAUUGAACAAUUCAUUUUGUGUUUAAUAGACCAUUUAUCGAGAAAGGCAAUAAUGGAAAAUGUGAAAAAAAAAACGAGGAAAAUUAUUCCUCCUUGAGGGCUUCAAUGGUGCCCAAAAUAACUAUUCCACGCAGACGAAGUC